AUGCGUUCAGGGGAUUUGUUUUUGGAAGUUUGCACGAAAAAGCAAGCCCAACAAAUCAUUAAAUUGAAGGCUUUGGCUACGUUCCCUAUUGCGGUCACUCCUCAUAUCUCAUUAAAUUAUUCAAAAGGUGUUAUUACCUGCGGGGAACUGUUUAAUGUUCGUAUUGAGGAAAUAACACACGAACUGAAACCUCAAGAUGUAACGCUUGUACGCCAAAUUACCAUUCGGAGAGAAGGGCAAAUUUUACCAACAAAGCACUAUAUUUUAAUUUUUCAUUCUACGAAAUUACCUGAAUGCAUAUAUGCGGGGUACAUAAGAUUGCCAGUUCGGCAAUACAUACCAAAUCCUUUGCGAUGUUUUCAGUGUCAGCGUUUUGGGCAUUCCAAAAUUAAUUGUCGAGGAACACUCACUUGCGCACGCUAUGCUGAGAAAGGUCACGACAGCCAGCAGUGCACGGCGCAAGAAAAGUGCGUAAAUUGCAGUGGUUGCCAUGCCUCAUAUUCCAAAUCGUGUGAACGCUGGCAGCUUGAAAAGCAAAUUACAAGCAUAAAAAUUAAAGAGGACAUAUCCUAUCCCGAAGCAAGACGGAAAAUUUUAGCAUCAACACCCAAACCUGGUGUGAGCUAUGCAUCCGUAGUGCAAAAGUCUUUCUGUGAAAAUUAUAGUUGCCCAAACUGUAAAAAAACAGUCAAUAAAGAGAAAACUCAGGAAAAAAUUUCCGAAUCCGACACUGAGGCAUCUUUGACCAGUACUCCUGAAAAUAGUAACGCUGUUGCACAUAAACCCAAACCCAAAACAAAUAAAUCUUUGAAGUUAAAACUCUCCAAGCGUGGAAUGGUUGCAAAAGACAUUUCUCAUAAACUUAAAAAAAACUACUUUACGCAGUUCUGUAGCCCUAGGACUUGCAAACAAAGAUGUCGCUCAUAA